AUGUGGAUUAUUCUUCCUUUUUUGAAGCUUCACGGCCAAGAGGCAUUCAGAUUGAUGUUGGUGGCUUGGCGGGCAUCCUCGCUGUCCCACAUUCAUUGCACGUUGAGAUUCGCAGAGUUAUUGAGCAUCCCUUCUCACAUAUCAAGCGAUCCUUUCGUGCCUGGGGCAAGUCUGCUCGUGGUGGUGUUCAAGAGACGGAGAGGGGGCGCUUGA